AUGAUGGCAACGGAUCCCAUACAUGAUCUGGAUAACGUCUUUGAUGACCAUCCGUCCCUCGAUGCCUCACUAGAAGACUUUGAAGAACAGUACGCGCACAGGUCGCCGUUCUUCGGUCUUCCGUCGCAACAUUCUGGUUUCCGCUCGGGUAUUUCAGAAGCUUCCCCGUCUGAGCAAGAUGGGGAUAUCUCUCGAUCAAGCAGUCCGUGGUCUCCACCUGGGCUACGAGCCACAUUCACAAAGCCAGAAUAUCAAACGCCGAAGCAGAAUUCUGCUCUGGGCUAUCACCCGGCCAUGAUGGCAGGCGCCGCAUGGUACAGACAGCAACCGUACAUGCGGAACCAGCCUGACUUUAAACCAGAACAUUUGCAGCCACAUAGCCCUGGUAGUCGGUCCAGGGAAGUCAGUCCACAAUAUGAGGAUGCGCCUGAGAAGCCGACGUCCUCGAGCACGGCCACAGUAACACUAAAGGAAGAGUCAAGUGAACUGAUACUACCAGCUACCAUACCACUGCCCAACGGAACAGAUUCACCUGUCAAAGGCCGUUCUCCAAGUCCGCCUCCAGAAAGCAGGGGAGAACCCAAAAAAGCCGUAGCAACAUCGGCAACAGAAGCAGACGACAAGAACAAAGGUGGUAAACAUGAGUUCAAGGCAAGCUCUGAUUUGAAACUGGAGAAAGAGCCUGAGUCGAUUACGAACUAUAUCCGAUUUGCAGUCCGCGCUGAAGUCCAGCAUCGCGAACCAUUUGUCGCAUUCUUCAACUACAUGGGAGCAAAGUUCGAUUCAAUGACACAAACGAGGUCGUCGACACUACUGUCCGUGGCGGUUGCGCUGAUAUCACUUACAUUUAUGCGGGCGUUAUUCUUGCCGCCGCCGCUACCGCCUGUGCCGGACAUUGUCAAGCUAUCUAGCUUCACACGCUCGUUUGAGCCGUUAAUAUACUAUUCGGAGAACGGCGUGCAGCAGAUUGGUACGUUGCAGGAGACCGGGGUUGCCGUAUGGGACCUGGCCGAGUCCGUACGAGGAACAAACAUGACCAGUGCUCCGAUUAUAGUGAGAGAGCUUGACGAACUAUCUCAAUCGCUGAACUCGCUCUCGCUGGAACUCACGCGGUUCUUCGCCAACGUCGAUGCAGACAUUGAUUCCAUACUGAUUGUCAUGGAAUGGGCGCGAAGAGAGCUGGAAGCCUUAUCAUCUCAACCACCCAAUACCCUAUCCUCAAUAUUCUUCGACAACUUCCACAACAUGCUGUCUCGCCUGGGCGUGCUUGAGACUCUACCUACCAGCCUAUCCGCCAAUGCAAGCAACGGUCUCGGCAACGAAACAAUCACCGAAAUGCCUGUAGCACCCAUCCCCACGCGCCUUGGCUCGUUGAUAACAACGCUGUUCGGCCGCACCCGCUCCCAACGCACGCAGCUAACUUUAACCCACGCCUUCACCGAGCUGCUCUCUGUGCUUGAAGAAAGCAUAAACAACGAACUAACCCACUCAACCUCCCUCUUCACCCUUUUCGAGUCCAUAGACAGACAAUUCCUUAACCUCCAACGCACGGUUGUGCGAGAAUCCAACGCCCAAGAACGCGCAGAGGGAGAACUCCUCUCAUCACUAUGGACCCGCGUCCUAGGCUCUAACGCAGUGGCGCUACGCAAGUACGAGAAGAACCGACGCUUGCUUUCCUCCGUACGCCAACGGACAGUCGCAAACAAGCACCUCCUCAUGGACCAUCGAGGCAGACUCCUCGCACUCAAAGCGAACCUCGAAGCCCUCCGGCGCAAACUUGUCAGCCCGCUUCUCAGAGGCGGCAACAGUUCAAUGGGCAUGACACUUGGUCCGUUGAUGGGUAUAAGCACCACUUCCGCACAUGGCGGUGGCGUCGGAGGUUCGGGAGAGGAUGCGGUUGGUGGAGAGAAUGCGAUGGAGAUGAUUAUACAUGGCCAGAUCAGGGGGUUGGACGGGGCGCACGAUUAUCUUAAGGAAGUGCGGGAUAAGCAGAAGGCGAAGUUGAUGGAGAUGGUGUAUGGAGCUGGACGACGGGUUGGUGGGAAUCCGUUGGUAGAAGGGGAUAUGGACGGGGAAGGAGAGGCGGAAAAAGCUGAUCUGGAGGAUAUUGAGGAGAAGUGA